AUGGCAAGCAUGGGAUCCUUUUGUGAAUCUGGGUGGGAAUGGAGCUUUUCUUGGAGACGCAAUCUGUUUGAUAAUGAAAUGGGAAGAGCCUCAGAGUUUAUUGAUCAAACGACUUCAAUUAGUCCAUCUGCAACUUUGAAAGACUCUUGGGUGUGGGGAGCUGACCCUAAAGGAAUUUUCUCUACCAAUUCUGCCUAUCUUUAUGUCAAAGCUGAACAUCUUGAUGAAGAUCAGUGUCUUGGUUUCCAGCACCUAUGGAACAUCAAAAUCCCUCCUAGAGCUUUAGUUUUUGCUUGGAGACUUUUGUGGGACAGAUUGCCCACUAAGGAUAAUUUAAUUAGGAGGCAUGUUACCAUUGAAAAUGAUCUCUGCCCCUUUUGUCAAAACAAAGCUGAAUCUGCCUCUCACUUGUUCUUCUUGUGUCAUAAAGUUAUGCCUCUAUGGUGGGAAUUUAAUUCGUGGGUUAAGGAACCUAGAGUGCUCCAUUGUAGGCCUAUGGAUAAUUUCCUCCAGCACUCUCCCAUGACAGGAUUGAAGGAUACCAACUGA